AUGUCACGUGACUCACCCCGCUACACGUUCCGCGUUCGAGGCUUUGCGACUUUACUGCGCGGUAGGUCCGCGUGCGGAGUACAAACACUCAUCGGAGAUACUUUUUCCUUACCGUUUACAUGAGUUUGAAAUGAACGUCUACUUUCGAAGACUCCGCCUUCACCUCCGGACCUCCACUAAAAAACGAUACACAUAGUGUUUUCGCAGUUGAUGCCCCUCUUGAAAUCUUAUUAAAUCCACAGGACCAACCAACAACGAACACAGGAAAAUAAAUCUGCUCAGGACCUUCGAACUUUAAAAAUGAACAAGAAAGCAAACUUCGUGAUACUGGUGUGUGCUGUCGCAGCGUCUGGGAUGAUCUUUUACAUCGGUUGUAACGAAAGUCCGCAGCUUCAGAUGAUGUCGUCUGUAAGUGACACCGAGGAAACAAACCUAAACAAAAGUGCAACAGUAGAUGACACUAACCUCUCCACUGGCGAUGUGAUGGUGAGCACCAGCAUUGCAGACAAUCACACGAUCAUCAGUUCAAGAAGCUCUAAUGGUUCUUUACCAAACAUUACAGGUGAACAAAGUACUAGCAGCCCAGUGCAGAAGUUGGAAAAGAACUUCAGCCUAACACUUCCCAUGCUUCAAUCUUACAUUACACAGCACAUAUGGCCCGUGUAUAACUGGACAGGUACAGAUGUCAAAUCGCUGCCAAAUAAAACCAUCAUGUUUCACAACAUGCCGGAAUGGCUUCAGGCUGACGGCAACGAAUACUUCAAGAACUGUGAAGUAAGCGCUUGUUCACUGACAUCAGAUACCAAGUGGCGUCAGAGUGCGGACGCCAUAUUCUACCAAAUGCCGCGUCUGAAGGAAGCUGGACCACCAGAAGGCCGGCCACCCGGCCAGAUCUGGAUUGCUUACGGUUUGGAGUCACCAGUUCAUCACACUUCUCAGUACAGGAACCCGGGAUGGAAGAACGUCUUCAACUGGACCAUCACGUACAGACAGGACUCUGACCUGUUCCAUCCGUACAGCAUGUUGAUGCCCCGGGAUGGUCCACCGACGAAAAACUUCACGCAGGUGGCGCUAGAGAAGACCAAAAGCAUCGCAUGGUUCGUCAGCAACUGUAACACACCCAGCAAAAGGAAAGUGUAUGUCAAGCGAAUGCAGCAGGUCAUUUCCGUCGACAUUUUCGGCAGGUGUGGGUCCCAACAAUGCGGGGACACGUGCAAUGACCUGCUAAACAAAAGCUACAGAUUCUACCUCUCCUUCGAGAACUCUUUAUGCCGUGAUUAUGUCACAGAAAAACUUCUGAAAAUAUACGACGACAUCAACGUGGUGCCUGUUGUACGCGGAGGAGCAGACUAUAAAAAAAGUUUUCCACCUGGAACUUUCAUAGAUGCCAGCGAUUUCAAGAGACCUGAGGAUCUUGCCGCCUACUUGAAGAACCUGGAAAAAGACAUUGAAGCCUACUCCAGUUUUCUCAGGAAGAAGGAUGAGUACAGAACUUCAACAAUGGGUGUGUGGUGCAAACUGUGCGAAAUGCUUCAUUUUGAGAAGAGUGUGAAGUGGUAUCCGGACUUUCCGGCCUGGCUGAAUGACGGAAUAUGUAAGGAUCCAAGUGAUCUGUAGAUGGGAUUGAUGAUCAGGAACGACAGUCAUUUAAAACUUACAAACCACUCAUAGGGCAGUCGUGCCGAUAGGGCUUUCAAAAAAGAAGUUUGAAAGAGCUGGUUUGAAAAGAGUUUACUAGUAGCGCCACACAAACAUAUGAGGAUUACUUAAUAAAGAGAUGACGGAAUGUAGAGUAGGUAGAGCAAAAGAGUGGAAAAAGUGUAACGGAAUCUUGUCAUACUUCAUGAGUUCAAAUACCGUAUGAAAAGUGAGUAAACUGCAGUGUUUUUGUUUGUUUGAAUUGACAACAUAGACAUUUUCAGCGGCUCCCAUAGCCUGAUUGAGACGGUGUCAGUCACGUGUCAGUCUAUGCAACAUUGAUUGGCUUAUUUUUCUAGUGUUGAAUCCGAUGGGUGCUACAUUGCCCUGACGACACACCCGGUGAGUUUACAAAGCAAUUUGUAUUAGGUCUCUGUGAAAACAGAAUAGGGUCAGGUUAGUGCGCAGUCUAGGCCAACUGUUUACUAAGCUGGUGUGUUUACUUGAAUAUCAUGAUUAAGUUAUAGCGUCGACUACGAUAGGUAGGCAAACGGACCUGUCAAUAAGAGAAUAGAAGUAACUUUUCAGGAUCAUUUUAUAAAUGUUUAUUUAAGCCGACAAGAUUAUAAUAACAACUAAACAAGGUUUAGUUAUGUUUAUAUGUAGAUAUGUUUAAUAAUCCAGGGUGUGAAAUUAUGUUUGUUGAGUCGAUUUUCAGCCAGGUUUUUUUUUUUUUUUUGAGAGACUGUCAGUAAGCUAACAGUGUUAAGACAUAAGACUUCGCCAUUGCCAGUCCGUAAACUCAAGAGUUAGUAGCAGUGCUUCAUCACGGAGGUGGACCACAAUGCAGGUGUAGUUUGCUUUCAUGUUCACAACGCUUCGGCAUUCAUUCCCAGAAUGGCAUGGUUACCAUGAUAGGUGGGUAUCAUAAGGCUACGUCCACAACACUGCUGAUCAGAAACAAUGACAUUGUGAGGGUUCUGUUAAUCACGUGACGUCUGGAACCAGCAAGCGGGAAAAGAAACAGUCACUUUGAAAGAACCCCUUAUUUAUCUUCUGGUAGAUAAUUAAAUGUGUCUUGAAUAUCAUUGUAAUUUCCAUCUUCUGUAAUCGGUGUACACUGUACCUUAAUCUAAGAAAGAGUACGGUCAUCUAACAUCGACCGGAGAAACUGUAGCCAAUGAAAUAUUUAAAGAUCCCGAAUUUUUUGCUUAGCAACUAUCCCUAGGAGAUCGGUGUGCACAUGCAGGCAUGUAAAAAAACAAGAAUGCUUUUAAAGUUAAAAAAAAAC